UCCACACAAGACUCUUUUACCGCCAUUUUUCUCUUGGCUCAUACGCCAGUUGGGAGUGGUCUGCCAAGGCGUGACAAACUCUAACCGUAUACUGUUCAGCCUCAUCAAAGGUCUUAGCAUCCGUCACAGAAAGGUAGCAAUGAUCACCAAAACUUGUCUAUGGACUGAUGCAGAACAUGCAUGGAUAUACGAUCAGGAAAUGCGUCUGAAGGAGAGCUGAAACAGUGAAGUUUGCCGCCAUUUUGAGCGCCGAGUGAUAGCGUCUGAACACGGCAGGACGACGUGUCUAACUCAGCAAGUGGUGUUUUUGAAGGAGGCUUUAAAUCUACCAGCAGAGGACUGUAUGCGAGUGCAGCGACCAGUAGAAUUCCAGAGGCGGGGCCCAUGGUAGAAAUUCUUGCGUACAGAAUUCUGAGUUGAAGAAGGUGGGCUUUUGUGUCACGACAAAAAUUCCUUAGAUUUUUUAGACUGACAUUUUUACCACAGCCGAUUGGCUGAGAUGGGUUCUAUUGUUAUGCAAAUGAGGUGUUUAUAUGGCGCUGAUAUCGAAACGUCAUUCGGCAGAUAAAAGACAGUUGGAUUGUUGUUGUAUGGUGAUGAAAGCAUGCUGUAGUGUUUUAUAAACUAAACGGGAUUCCAGCUUCACUCUAAUUGUGAAAACUCAGUCAUAGCUUUGCUCUAAUUACACACACAUUGGUAUGGAAUCCUCGAGAAACGUGCAGUAUGUGUUAUGGUGAUUCCAAAGCACUGUUGGACUCUAUUGUGCUGUCCUUGCUGACUGAAAUGACUUUGAGUUAAUAGGGUAGAAACUAGAAAUACACCGUUUUCCGAGGCGAGGAUCUCAAUCAGAACAUUUGACCGAGUUGAGAGUCUUGAUUGUCCGUGAAUAAUGAGGACGUUGUGAAAACCUUGGUUAACCAAUGGAUGUUUCCAUGGGUUAAUUUCCAGGGAUAAAGCGGUUAUACCGAGACUAACUUUUUGGGGUAGUCCAACAGUACAGUGGAUCUGGAAAGUUCCUGACUUUGAUCAACGCCAAAGCAAGACAAGGAUUUUAAAUUGCUCGUCUUGAAUGUUUCAUUCUCGGAGCAGGAGUAAACGGUCUGAUAAUUACGUCACCAUGACGUCCACACUGAAGGCCAUUUUGAUACUCUACCUGACCUGUGCUGCAGAAGCAUUACCAGUGGUGAAGACUGAUUAUCACAAUCAUGCACAGCUGACGUCAGUGAUGACGUCACUUUCAAAAAUAUACCCGGAUACUAGUUACAUGUACAGCAUUGGAAAAUCAGUGAAAGGUAGAGACCUUUGGGUGAUGGCUGUUGCUGGGAGUAAACCAAAUGGUCGGGUAACGGGCAGACCAGAAGCUAAAUACGUAGGCAACAUGCAUGGCAACGAGGCUGUCGGUAGAGAAAUUUUACUCCAUUUUUUGGAGCAUCUACUUCUGGAAUAUCAGAAUGGAAAUAGCGAAGUAAUACAACUAAUGGACACCACAAGGAUCCACAUCUUACCCUCUAUGAACCCAGAUGGGUUUGAACUAUCCACGCAAAGAUGUAGAGGGGUUGACUCAAGAUCGAACGACAACGGCUACGAUCUUAAUCGGAACUUUCCGGACUUCUUUGAACCAAACAACAGCCCACUUCAGCCGGAGACACUGGCCGUGAUUCAAUGGAUACAAAGAAACCAGUUUGUCCUGUCUGCUAACUUCCAUGGAGGAGCUCUGGUUGCUAACUACCCCUACGAUAUAAGGCCGCCUGAGGCUGAAAACACCCUGGAAACUCCAUACCACCAAAGUCCAGACGACAAAGUGUUUAAAUUCCUCGCCAAGACGUAUUCCAAGACACAUCCACGAAUGCAUCUUGCCAAUGAGAACGCAUGUGGUCCGAACAGCGAUGCAGGCUUUACGGAUGGGAUAACCAACGGAGCAGACUGGUAUCCUGUUGCAGGUGGGAUGCAAGAUUACAACUACGUCUUCGGUGGUUGCUUGGAGAUCACCUUGGAGGUUUCUUGCUGUAAGUACCCCACCGCUUCCAAGUUGUUGAAGUUCUGGAACGAGAACCGGCACCCAAUGAUGGAGUUUCUCAAGCAAGCAAAUCAAGGUGUAAAAGGUCAAGUGUUUGACACGAACAGGAACCCAAUCGAGGGCGCUAGCGUAUGGGUCCUGGAACACAAAUCGCCUUUACCUCUCUUCACCACGGCGUCUGGAGAAUAUUGGAAAAUACUUCUGCCAGGAUCGUACACAUUAAAUGUAUCAAAGUACGGUUUUGUGACCCAAAACCUCAAAUUCAAAAUCCCAGAAGGUGCAAAUGACGCUAUAAUCUUUGAUGUCACUCUUAAAGACACCAAAAGUCACCUCCUUGUAUCUGAACAAACUGAACCCACGCCCUCACUUGCUAUGAUUUGGUCAGUCACUAAGAGGCAGUCCAUUGUAAUGACAACGGUUGUAUUAUUGAUGCAACUAUGGAUAUGAAUUCGAGGAGAGAAAGCAGCAUUUUAGUCUACCUUCUGGCUCAAGACAUACUCUUCAAUUUGACCAAUAAAUUUAGACAUUAAAAGUUUCAAAACAAAAGGCAUGAGCUGUCAUUUUGUGUCACCAUCUCACGGCUUUGUCUCUGGCUUCGGCUUUCUUAAACUAAGGAGCCUAAGCUGGAGUGGAAGCAAAUAAGGGUGCCCAUCACUGUAGCAAACCAAGUCAUAGUCCGAGGGGAUGAUGUCUUCAAGCAAUAGCUAGGAUCGUCGUUCCCACAAUAUCCAGUCUUUCACUGAGUUGAAACGGGUCACUAGCUCUAUGCUCAAAACUUCAACUAUAUUCAUAAUAUUUAUCUCAAAUAGCAAUUACUAAGUUUUUCAUAAUUAUUUAUAACUUUGCAGCUUCAGGGCACAACGUCUUUCGAUGGGACAAUAAAUUGAAAAGUCUAGAUUUUCUUCUUAGCAGGUAUUUUAUUUGAAAUGACAUGUCCAUUAUAUCCAUAAACGUAUACCACAAAAAGAUCACACGUUUCUGUCAAUCAUGCACCACUAUUACACAAAAUUGUUGUCUUUGAGAAAUAUUUUCUAUAACCACAUUGAGGUGUGUAAGAAGAAAUAAUUGGCCGACACAUUUCUGUCAUGAAAAAAUAAGCGUAGAACUAUAGUUACAAAAAGAACUCACAGACAAUCGUUACAUAAAAAAAAAAGAAAGUUAAUUCCCUUUUUGCUUUUGUUUAGCAAAGUAUAUUCAUGUAGGGUAAGGAGGGAGCAUGUGCCCCGGAUGACACGCCCAAAAUCGACCUAGGUUCGUUAUUUUUUUAGUAAGAGAAAAAAGGGUGGGUCUUGGCCACUGGCAACAAGACCACACUGUACAGCCAUGUGCAACUUUACCAUACGGACGCAUAGGUGUAAAACUUCUGUUCUGUUAGUCCUAACCCCUUAAUUACACCAAUUACAUCAAUGCAACUAAGCCAUAGUAAGGCAUAUGCUUUCUGUAACUAAAAGUAGGCAACUUCAUACAUGUACAGGAAACUUACACAAGACGGUAAUAGAUCGAUAAAGACCCGCAAGAAGUAGGGCGCUUGGUACAUAAAGUUCAAGGCUGGAAAUAUAUUUUAAAAACUUCUAAAAGUUUUGAAAAGUAAGGGCUUAGCUCAAAAGCAAUCAGUUUGGGGUAUUACUGUGGCUACAACAUGUAUAUAUUUUGUUGAACAGAAAACCCAUUGAAAAAUAAUUUGGUUAGAGAUUUAUGUGCCAAACUAUAACUAGCAGGAAGUUAAAUCAGUUACCAUGGUGCAUGAACCGAUGACAAUGCUGAAAGCAAUCAUGCUGAAGAAAACACCUGUUUCAAUGUGUGUUGUGUCAAGGGUGUGGCAACAAUCAAAACAGAAUGUCAUGAUGAGGCGACAUGGUGACCCAGAAAUUGUGGAACAGAUUUUACAGAAGGAGGAUUGGUCAUUUGGACAAUCUGACAGGUCACUGAUUAAAAAGUUCAGACCAUCACCAAUCAUCAAGGAAUAAAAGCACAACUUUCCGACUGAUUUUACUGUCUUUCAAGAUCAUUAUUAUACUCUUGACCUUUUAGUUCAACAUAGUCCUUGUCACAGAGAAACCCCCAUGUUGAUUUGUUUAAAUGCAUAUUCAUAAGCUGACAUGAAUAUUGAUGACCUGUACCCAUAUUGUGAAUAAUGCAAAAGCUUAUAGAAAGCUUCUCUCUAUCCACCUGUUGCUGCAUUGUCUUGAAUUGUUCUAACUUCUGUGAAGUAUGGCCAAAUAUUUUGUCAUGUAUAGAGUACAAAGCAUUUUUAUAUCUAGGCAAGAAAAUAUUAGUCAUAAUAUAAAAACAAACUAAAAUCUCUGUAUAUACAUAUGCUACUUCCUUUAUGACACAGAAAUAAAUUGUACUCCUAUUUAAAAAA